UUCAAAAUAAUAAGAGAGAACAACGAAAUGAAACGAUGAACUAAAGCGGUGCGGCGCUGCAAAAAAGCGGAGCCCGUGUGCCGUGGUACCGCCGGGCGAUGCCGUGACUCGGAUUCGAACCGAGGUUGCUGCGGCCACAACGCAGAGUACUAACCACUAUACGAUCACGGCGCGCUACCGGGGCUCUGGGCGGGCGGGGCGGCGCGGCGCCAUUUGGUGCUGUGGGUGCUGACGUGAGGUGGGCCGAGCUCUGCAGAGCUUCACAUGGCCCGGGGGGCUCGCCCGGGCCCGGCCAGGGGGGGUCAACCAGCGUCGCAUCCACGGCUCUCGCGGCUCCCCGCUUUGUCACCCGCGUUGUGACCUGCGCCAUCGCUCCUCCGCCCCUCGCCAACCCUGGCCAGCUUUAGCGGCGGGAUUGGCCGGAACCACAGGGAGAAGGCGGGGAGCUAGCACGGAGAGCGGUUUGUUUACGGGCAGCGUGUGGCGUGUGGGUGACCCGAGUGCCCCGUGGUAUCAUUAAUCACCAAUGUCUGAACAAAUUCCUGCCAACCCCGCUUUGCCACCCUUGGAGCCACGUAACUUCACCGCUCCCUGUGCAAACAGAGCGAAAGGUACCAGUGGAGUGCCCAAACCUGGGCGUGCGCUUCCCAUCAUCCCGCGUGUAAAGCUGCUUUGGAACACAGUGCGAGGGGACUUUUUGUUGGCUUCCACCCUGUCCUUCUCAGGGACCAGGGGACAUGGCUUCACGCCGCUGGAGCUUUGGAGGCCAUGUGUGCUCCACUCUGGUUUUCUUUGGGAAGCAUUUCCUGAUGUGGGGUAAAAGUUUGAUUUCUACUUUCAGUAUCUUUCCUCGAGGCUCGUUUUGCCUUCGGGAAAGUCUCCUGACCGGUCCUGGCUGACCUUCCUUUGGCUAGCACGGUACCCUGCACGGCCGCGCCGCGCGGCCCCCCCGCACCUCCCGGCGCCCGGGUGUGAGCCCCGGGAGGAGCCCCGGCGCCGCAGGGCCCAGCCCAGCUCUUUGGACCGAGCUGUUAAUGGGUAACCGGGGCACGGGACCGGCAGCUGCAGGGACCGCGGGGCUGGCGACCUCUACAAUUCUCCUCAAAGCAAAGACAUCUUACCACCUCUGUCCUCGAACAAAAGUGCUUCUACAGUUGAUCACUGCCUUGCCUGUGACUCUCUGCUCUCCCCUCAUCUUCCGCCAGCCAGCACUCGGCCAUCCCAGUGGUGUUUCCCAUAUGCACUAAAGCAAAGGAACUUCUGGAGAUGGAAGGAAACCAGAUAACCCUGGACAGCCUUGAGAAGGGCACAGAUAACCCAGUUUUCAGCUUUGAGGGAGAGAAGAGACAUGAUGAAGGUGGUGCUCCAUGCAGUGAGAGCCAAGAGGAGAGAAGAGAAGGAAAAGGGAGAUUCUCCUCCUACUGCAGGAAGGCUCUACAGCCAGUAUCAAAGGCAAAGCAUUUCUGCAAGGCUCAUGCCAAGGUCUUGAGAAGAGUUGUCCUGGGGCUCCUUGGAGUAGCCUACCUGUGCUACUUCAUUGCGGCCUGUUACCUCAGCUUCCAGCGAGCCCUUGCUUUGGUGGUCAUGACUGCUGUGGUUGCCUUCUUCAUCUGCUGGGACAUCUUCAAGAAGCACUGUGGGGCAAAGGUUCUGCUGCUCCUCCGCCCUGUUGGGAAGUGCUUCCAAAAGUCCUGGCCAUGGCUGAAAUGGCUCCUGUGGGUGGCCCUCCUGGCAGGCCUGAUUGUGUGGCUGGCUUUGGACACUGGCAGAAACCCAGAGCAGCUCAUUUCAUUAGGCGGCUUCUGCUUUUUGGUGCUGUUCCUGUUUGCCUUCUCCAAGCACCAUGGUGCGGUGUCCUGGAGAGCCGUUUUCUGGGGCCUUGGUUUGGAGUUCUUACUCGGACUCUUUGUCCUCCGAACAACUCCUGGCACCCAAGCUUUCCAAUGGCUGGGAGACCAGAUCCAGUACUUCCUGGGCUACACCACAGCUGGCUCCAGCUUUGUCUUUGGGAACACACUCAUUCAAGAAGUCUUUGCCUUCCAGACCCUGCCCAUCAUUGUUUUCUUCAGCUGUGUGAUGUCCAUCCUCUACUACCUCGGUGUCAUGCAGUGGCUUAUUCUCAAGAUCUCCUGGCUGCUUCAAGUCUCAAUGGGCACCACUCCCACUGAGACUCUCAGUGUGGCAGGGAACAUUUUUGUGGGACAGACCGAAGCCCCACUGCUCAUCCGCCCGUACCUCCCAGACAUGACCCUGUCAGAAAUCCAUGCUGUGAUGACCGGUGGCUUUUCCACCAUCGCAGGCAGCGUGAUGGGUGCCUACAUAUCCUUUGGGAUUGAUGCAGCAUCACUGAUUGCAGCUUCUGUAAUGGCUGCACCCUGUGCCCUCGCCAUGGCCAAACUCGUCUACCCUGAAGUGGAGGAGUCCAAGUUCAAGGGCAAAGCAAGCAUCCGCCUCUCCAGUGGGGAAGAGCAGAACAUCUUGGAAGCUGCUAGCAAUGGGGCUGCCACCUCCGUGGGGCUCGUUGCCAACAUCGCAGCCAACCUCAUCGCCUUCCUGGCCGUGCUGGAGUUCAUCAAUGCUGCCCUCCGCUGGUUCGGGGAGAUGGUAGACAUCGAGGGUCUGACUUUCCAGGUGAUCUGCUCCUAUGUCCUCAUGCCUGUGGCCUUUCUCAUGGGGGCAGACUGGGCAGACUCACCGCUGGUGGCUGAACUCCUGGGGAUCAAGAUCUUCCUGAAUGAGUUUGUGGCAUACCAGCAGCUGGCCAAAUACAAGAAGAACCGUCUGAUGGGCCUGGAGGAGUGGGAUGGGAACCGGAAGCAGUGGAUAUCUGAGCGAGCUGAGAGCAUCACCACCUUUGCCCUCUGUGGAUUCGCCAACCUCAGCUCCAUUGGCAUCACUCUGGGAGGCCUGACUUCCAUGGUGCCCCAGCGCAAGGGUGACUUUGCCUCCGUGGUGCUGCGGGCCCUGCUCACUGGCAUCUGCGUCUCCAUGCUCAAUGCCUGCCUGGCAGGUCUCCUCCAUGUGCCAACACAGGUGGGUGACUGCGCAAUGUUCUUCAGCACCACCAACUUCAGCUCGACCAGCUACACUAUGUACACCUGCUGUAAGCAGCUCUUUGCCAGCUCAGUGCUCCAGAAUGGGACUCUCUCCUUCACGGGAUCCUGGGCUGAGCAGGCAGAGAGCGUGCUCUGGCUCGGAGAGUGCUGUGUGUACUACAACCACACAUCCUGUGCAGGGACAAUCUAGAACUGGGGGAACACCAGGGCCUACAAGGCCUACCCCCAGAGGUAGAAAAAACCCCAAGAGAAACCUGAGCAUUUGGUCUCAACUCCCGUGCUGACGAACAGCUGCGUGCACCUUGCAACCUGCAGCCUUAGGUGCUGGCCCAGGGGACACAGGGGAGCAGCUCCCAAAUAAAUGAUGGCAACCCUUGUA